UGCCACUCAUUUCUCAUCUUUCUCCCAAUGAACAUCGUUACAGAACUCCAGAAAAGAAUAGUUAUGGUUGAGGGAGUUGUGUGGUUUGGAGUGCAAAAACUUUGGGAACUCUUGAGUCGAGAAUCUGAGCGACUACAUGGAGUUCAUGAGGAAGUUGCUGAAUUAAAAUGUCAGGUGAGAGCCUUGCAAUCAUUGUUGAAAGAUGCAUAUGCCAGGAAAAAUGAGAAUGAAAGAGUGAGUAACUUCUUGGAAGAUGUCAAGGACAUUGUUGAUGAUGCUGAAGAUACAAUCGAAUCCUUUCUUCUGAAAGAAUUUAGUGGAAAGGAAAAAGGGAUCAAGAAACGUGUGAAAAGACUUUCUUGCCUCUUAGUGGAUCGUCGGAAGAUCUCUGAGGUGACUGCGCGGAUGCAAAGCUUUGGAAUACAACAUAUAAUGGAUAGUGGUCAUUCGCUUUCUCUACAAGAGAGACAAAGGGUACGAAGGGAGAUCCGACAAACAUUUCCUAACAGUUCUGAAAAUAAUCCUGUGGGAGUGGAACAGAGUGUUGAGAAAUUAGUUGAUCAGCUGGUGAAAAAUGAUAAUAUUCAAGUGGUUUCUAUAACCGGGAUGGGUGGUAUUGGCAAAACGACGCUAGCUAGACAAGUUUUUCAUCAUGACACUGUCCGACGUCAUUUCGAUGGAUUUGCAUGGGUAUGUAUUUUGCAAGAUUUUAAGCGAAAAGAUGUUUGGCAAAGGAUCUUGCAAGAUCUUAGACCACAUGAUGGGGACAUUUCACAGAUGGAUGAUCAUACACUCCAGGGUAAACUCUUUCAAUUGUUGGAAACAUCUAGAUAUUUGAUUGUCAUCGAUGAUGUAUGGAAAAACGAAGAUUGGGACCGAAUAAAAGCUGUGUUUCCCCCAAAAAGAGGAAAAUUAAUUUGCAGAUACGAAGAUGCUACUUAUUCUCGCGAUGAAGGAGUUGGUUUACAUGCAGAUCCAACAUGUUUUGCCUUUCCAACAAGAAAUCUUACUCCGGAAGAAAGUUGGAUGCUAUGUGAGAGCAUAGUAUUCCCCAAUGGAGUUAAAACUGAACAUAGGGUUGAUGAAGAACUAGAAACUAUGGGUAAAGAAAUGGUCACAUAUUGUGGAGGGCUACCAUUGGCUGUUAAAGUAUUGGGAGGCUUGUUAGCUAAGAAAUACACAGUUCCCGAGUGGAAAAGAGUAUAUGACAAUCUUAGAACUCAGAUCGUUGGAAAACCAGGUUUAGAUGACAACAACCUCAAUUCGGUUUACCGAGUAUUGUCUCUAAGCUAUGAAGAUUUGCCAAUGCAGUUGAAGCAUAGCUUCCUUUACCUAGCCCAGUUCCCUGAAGAUUACAAGAUACUUUUCGUGUUAUUGUUUCCUUAUUGGGCUGCAGAAGGAAUAAUAACGCCAGUUUACAAUGGAGCAACCAUUCAAGAAAUUGGAAGAGACUACCUAGAAGAGCUAGUGAGGAGAAAUAUGGUCACUAUUGUAAAAGACGAUUCGAGUUCGAUAAGGGACUAUUGUCAAAUGCAUGACAUGAUGAGAGAAGUAUGUUUAUAUAAAGCCAAAGAAGAGAAUUUUCUUGAAGUCAUCAAAGUCUCUACUUCCACCUCUAUUAUCAGUGCGCAUACCUCUGCAAGUUCUCGCAGAGUUGUUGUAUAUGAUGGUAAUGCACUUCAUUUGCGGGGACAAAAAAUCAAUAAAAAAGCCAGAUCUGUUUUGUGUUUUGGGGACAAGAAAUUCUUGUGCAAGAAGCAGUCUCAAGGUUUCCGAGGCUUACCAUUUCUCAGGUUGUUAGAUCUGAAUAAUGCCAAGUUUGAAGGAGGGAAAUUACCUUCUAGCAUCGGAGAGCUCAUUCACUUGAGAUUGUUGAACUUAUGCCGUGCUUCGGUAUCUCAUCUGCCUCAUUCCCUGCGAAAUCUAAGGCUUCUGCUCUAUUUAGACUCAAACGUCAUUGGGGUAGUUGAUGUGCCAAACAUUUUUAAAGAGAUGCGAGAGUUGAGGUUCCUUGCGCUGCCGCUUGAUAUGGAUGAUAAAACAAAACUGGAAGUGGGUCAUCUAGUGAAUCUGGAGACGUUGUGGCAUUUCUCAACGAAACACAGUAUUGCGACAGACCUCCUCCGUAUGACUAAGCUCAGAAAUCUCGUGGUAAAUUUCCUUGGAGAUUACUGUACUUAUGAAACUCUAUCGUCAUAUCUUUGUGAAUUGAAAAACCUCGAGUGGUUUGGUUUAUUUGAUUUUGCCGAAUCCCAAAAAGCUCGUCAUGGGGAAUAUUUCUCUCUCGGUUUCAUUCCUCUAAAGGAAUUACUUUUGGUCAUACAUUUGCCAAAAUUUCCUGAUCAAUUUCGAUUCCCUCCCCACCUUGCACACAUAUCCCUACGCUAUUGCAGGAUGGAGGAGGAUCCAAUGCUGAUUCUGGAAAAGUUGCUUCAUUUAAAAUCGGUUGUGUUAUUAAAGGAUGCUUUUAUUGGGAGGAGAAUGGUGUGCUGCAAGAAUAUCCAAUCUACAAGAGUUGGAAGAGUGGAUCGUGGAAGAAGGGUCGAUGCCAUGUCUUCGUAUGUUGACUAUCUGUGAUUGCAAAAGGUUGAAGGAGCUACCGGAGGGGCUCAAGUAUAUAACUUCUUUAAAGAGCUGGUAAUCGAAAGCAUGAACAGGGAGUGGACGAGGAAACUGGUAGGACUCUAAUCUGAAAUACCCCUAUGUACCGUAAGAAAAUCCUAUUUGUCUCUA